UUAAGCAGCCCUUGAUUAGUUGAGACAAGUGUGUCAGUAAGCUAUUGGGCCAAGAAAAAAGUAAUUGAUUUCAGUACAUUGUGCUGCAAACCUGCAGGACCAUCGCCCAGAUUUUGCCUAUCGGAUAUGAUUAAAUGCACAGAAAUAGAAUAAAUAGAAUGGACAAAUAAUUGUCUUGAAUGUGGAUACCUUUCUAUUCAAUAUAUUUCUAUGCAUAUCCUGUACGAAAGGUGAAAUCCAGAAGGAUAAUUUUUGAUAAACUGGGCCCAGGUUUGAAUGUGUCCAAUGUCACCAAUGUGUCCUAUGUCACCAUCUAGUGGUCCACUUACUAAUUUGUCCCCAAUCAAUUGGUGGGCAGUGCGUCUGCAGGGGUGGUGUCCAAUUAACCGUCACAUCAGGUCAUUGUUCUGUUUCUGGAAGGCAGAGGGUUGAUGAUUAUGUACAAGUCCACUUCAAAGCCUUCCAGGCUCUUGGAUGUUAUGUUCUGUGCUGGCUUUGUGUUGGGGUUCUGUCUCUGUUUCAURGCCAUUGCUUACUACAGAGCAUAUCAGAUCUCUCAGGAGACAGUGCUCUUGCCCUCACGGACAAGCAGCCUCAUGGGUGAGCUCCCUUCAGUACACCACUCUGCUGUUGCCACUAAUGCCUCAGUCCUCUCGCCAUUGCCCCCCUCCCCCUCUUCGGGUCGACUGCUCUGCUGGGUGUUGACCUCACCCCAGACUCUGUGGACCAGAGCUAAACACAUAGUGAACACCUGGGGGCCUCGCUGUGACACACUGCUCUUCAUGAGCUCUAAGCCGGACCUCCUGUUCCCUGGGACCGUGCUGGCWCUGGCAACAGAGGAGGGACGGGCCAACCUGUACAAUAAGACCAUGGCCGCUUUCAACUUACUGYAUGACGGUUACCUAGACAAGGCUGACUGGUUCCUCAAAGCUGAUGAUGACACCUAUGUAAUUGUGGAAAACUUGCGUCUGCUCCUGUCUCGGUUCAGCCCAGACAAGCCUGUGUAUCUGGGCAGGCGUUUUCACCGCUUUGUCCAUCAAGGCUACAUGAGUGGUGGUGCUGGCUAUGUACUGAGCCGCGAGUCUGUGAGACGCUACGUCAGGGCCCUGCACCAUGGAACCUGCACCAAGUCCACCUCUGCAGAGGACCUACUGCUGGGCUUCUGCCUCCAGAAGCUGGGAGUCCCGGCAGGGGACUCUAGAGACCACCAACACAGGGAAACCUUCCACCCCCUGUGGCUGGGUAAACUUCUCUGUACCRAAGACRUACUGCCCAAAUGGUUCCACCAGUACAACUAUUACCCUUCCAAAGUGGGUCCAGACUGUUGCUCCAAUUCAUCUGUAUCCUUCCAUUACGUUGAGCCAGUCAGAAUGUACAUGCUAGAUUACUUCCUGUACCAUCUCAGUCCAGUGGGUGGCCACAGCCCAAAGCUGGGUGAGACCAGAGAGGAAUAAGCAGAGACCCCUUUCUAUGGAUUUGACAGUGACAUCCCUGAUAAUAAAUAAUAUUAUACAUGCUCACACCGUAAUUGAUGUCAUUCUCUUGUAAAGAGUUGUCUUGCAAACCUUAAAACCAAUGUUGUUAUUAAAGUCUUUGAUAAGGUCCAUGCUAGUUCAAACCAAUUCAUCAUCAAUCAAUCAUCAAUUCAUGAUCUAGUCUGGAUAUUUGCCUAGUUACAGUAUGUAUUCAUACAUUGAGUCUGUCAUUAAAGUCAUAGAGAUCCUAUUAAAUACUAUUCUAAUUCCUAAUUAUAUGGUUAAAAUAUUGUCUUCCAGUGACAUACUAUGUUAGCUGAGGUUCCAAAUUGG